GCGAGGGAAUUAGACCAUUUUGCGAUGGGGAAUUGAUUUGCAAAAUUAUGCAAAAACCCUUCUAUACCAAAUUACAAUUAUACCUACAAACACAAAAGCCACUGCUUCAAAAAUCUGCCGCCACAAUCUCAAUUCAAAAUGCCUGCAAUUUUCAGCCAUGUUUCUCGACCAAUUACCAAGAUCCAUGGACCAGCUUCCGAAUGGUUCUUGCCGGUGGCGGCCGCACCGCCGAGUUGGCUCUAGCCGAGGCCUUUCAGGCGCUCAAAUGCAACCCAAAUGGCUACGCUCUGGUUCAACUGGUUCGUGCCUGCACCACCCACGCCUGGGAUUCCUGUGGUCACCAGCUUCACAGCUACAUUUUGCGAUCUGGGUUUGCCUCUAAUGUCUUCGUGGGCACAGCCAUGGUAAAUUUCUAUGUCAAAAGUGAGUCCUUUGAUAGUGCCCAUAAGGUGUUUGAUGAAAUGCCUCAACCAAAUUUGGUUUCUUGGAACUCUUUGAUUUCUGGUUAUGUGCACUGUGGACAGUUUCGCAAUGCUUUGUCUUCGUUUAUUGCGCUUGAUGGGUCUGAAAAUCUCGUGGAUUCAUAUUCUUUGUCUGCAGCUUUAAAUGCCUCUGGCCAGCUGGGUUGGCUGAUAUUGGGUCAGUCGAUUCAUUCAAAAGUUGUAAAGCUUGGACUAGAAAACAAUACCAUUGUUGCUAAUUGUUUGAUUGACACGUAUGGAAAAUGCGAGUCUUUUGAAGAGGCAGUUAAAGUGUUUAAUGACAUGAUUGAUAAGGAUACAAUUUCAUGGAAUUCAGUUAUUGCAGCCAGUGCUAGAAAUGGAAGGCUAGAACAGGCAUCGAGGUAUUUACGACAGAUGCCUCGACCCGAUACUAUAUCAUAUAACGAACUGAUAAAUGGUUGUGCUCAAUUUGGAGAUAUUGAAGAAGCUGUAGAAAUUCUAUCAACGAUGGAUAGUCCAAACUCUUCAUCUUGGAAUGCAGUGUUAACAGGAUAUGUUGAUAGGGAUGAAGCAUGGAAGGCUUUGAGUUUCUUCACUAAGAUGCACUCGUGCAACAUCGGCAUGGAUCAAUUCACAUUUUCAAGCAUUUUGAGCGGCGUUGCAGGGCUCUCGGCACUGACAUGGGGUUCGUCAAUCCAUUGUUGCAUAACUAAACGUGGUUUAGAUACAUCGACUGUCGUUGGUAGCGCCUUAAUCGAUAUGUACUCCAAAUGUGGGCAUGUGAACUAUGCUGAAAUGAUAUUUCAGUCAUUGCCCAAGAAGAACUUGGUGUCUUGGAAUGCAAUGAUCUCGGGUUUGGCUCGAAAUGGCAAAACGAUGGAAGUGAUCCAUCUUUUUGAGAAGUUAAAGACGAUGAAAGAUGUAACACCUGAUAGCAUCACAUUUCUUAGCAUUCUACUAUCAUGUUCAGAUAACCAGGUUCCAUUGGAGACCACAAUGCAGUACUUCAAAUCUAUGAUUGAGGAUUUUGGUAUCGAACCAACUGUUGAGCAUUGUUGUACUAUGGUUAGGCUAAUGGGACAAAGAGGGGAUGUUUAUAGAAGUAAGAAGCUGAUACAUGAAUUGGGGUUCGAUUCGAAUGGGUCGGUUUGGCGAGCUCUUUUGGGUGCUUGUGCUCUUUGGAAGGAUUUAAAACUAGCAAAAGUAGCAGCUGCAAAAGUAAUAGAAUUAGGGGCUGCUGAUGAUUAUGUACAUGUUAUGAUGUCUAACAUAUUGGCAUCUCAUGGAAAAUGGAGAGAUGUGAGAGAAGUUAGGGAGCUGAUGAGAAAGAAAGGGGUUAGAAAGGAAACUGGAUAUAGUUGGUUGAUCGAGAUGGAAAACGAAAAUUCUUCAUCAAACUAGUUCGAAGUCUAACAAAGAAUUAGGUACGAUCUUUUUGCA